AUGGACGCCUAUCCGCGAGACUACGUGAGCCACAAUCUACCUCUGGUCCUGCUUUCAGGACUGGAGGCAGAUCUGGAAGACAAUUCAAUCACCUCGGAAGGAUAUCCCCUCCUGGAAGAGAACGGAACCAGGAUACUCUCAGACUUUCCUCCAUUGAGCGGGGCUGUUGCGGAGGAAUUGCGGAGAGCGCUGCUCGCCGAAGAUGGCUCUCAAAGACCGUGGAAAGCAGAGUCCCCUUUGGGGGGAAGUCCAUCAUCAUCUCGCCUGGCAUUUCACAUCAAGAGUUGCGGUCGGACAUAUAAGCUUCCUCCACGAAAAGCCAACCCUCCCCAGAAGAGUCCACCCGCAAGCCCCACGGCUGAUUCGAGUAAAUCCUCAUCACCGACUCCAUACGUCCUCCAUUCGCCAAUCUCUCCCUUGUCACCGGGGUCUCCCACCUUUCCCGAUGGCCUCCUCUCGCCAUUAUGGGUCACUAAGCAUCAGGGCCUGGUUCCAGCGGCGACAUUGAACUUCUUCCCCUUCUCGCUCGAUCCCAAUAUGAAUUCUCUACGCGAUAAUCAGCUGAAGAUCGAGAUCAACAGCCUGAAAAACGAAUGGACAGCGUCUGGGUUCAAGACUCGUUUUCUUGUGGUCUUGGUGUCGGAGGAUGGAGACGGAGGAUAUGAGGGGGAGAUUGAUGAUCGUGUAGCUGGAAUCCGACGGGCCACAAAUCUGGAUCAGAAAUCGAUCUUUGUCAUUCCACCAGAUGCAACAACAGCAGAGCUACGGGAUUUUGUGCAAUCACUUUUCUCGUUGCUACAACCUUCCGUCGUGGAGUACUACCGAGAUUUGUCCAAACACGCUCGCCGAAAGCGUAAUCGUAGUACAAUUCCCCCUCCAACGGCUCCGCCAACGACCGGAACGUCCCAAACAUUGUCUUUGCAAGGAUGGAACGUGCGAUACGAGUUCAAGCUCGGUAUUCUUGCCGAAUUUCGCCAGGAAAUGGACGCUGCCUGUCGAAAUUACGAAAGUGCAUAUGAGACCCUCUUUGGACAAGAGGUCUUUGAGACGAUUGCGGGGUGGGACCCGCGAUUCAACGAGGCACGCCUCCUGGGGGAUGCGCUCGCCAUUCGGAUCAUACGCUGUUACUUUUGGACAGGCCAGACGACCGCUGCAGUUCGAUUCUGGGUGGACCACAGGAUUCGAACCCAGGAUAUUGUCAACCGCCGGGGCAAGGGCAGCAAGAAUUAUGGCUGGGAAGCGUGGGAGGCCCGGUGGUCGAUGGUGAUGGCAGAGCUCAUACGCCAAGGACAAGUCUACCUGUCCCCUCCGGUAGGACCGGGCGAGGCGACGCUCUCGCCUCUGAUCUUCCUGCCCCCGGAAAAGUCGAUUCCUGUGGGCGAACGGAUCAAUCCGUGGGAACACUUGCACCACGAAGGAUACUGGCUGUAUCGAUCAGCGAAACACAGCAUGACACGAAGAGUCCUGGCUAUGCAGAUCCCGGCCGAAGACCGGUUGCCUCCCGGACAAUCACCAGCUUCUCAACUUGCGAACAAGUCCUAUCUAUACGACACCUACUUGGUGCCCGAGACACAUUGUGAAUACCCGCAAUCAGGAGAAGGUGGGACCAACCACUCCGAGAUUAUCCUCAGUGCCUUGAAAGCCGCCGUCAGGGAAUUCUCGAAGCGCGAUCAGACGAGGCAAGUCGAGAGAUUAAGUCUGGACAUUGCUCAUGAAUAUAUGCGUGGUGGCUCAUGGUUGAAGGCAUUCGAGACUCUUGAACCACUGUGGUUGACUCUCAGCUGGCGCAAGUCAGGUUGGUGGUCGCUUAUGGCAAGCUUUGGGUGGGCACUACGAGAAAGUGCCGCUCGAUCGCAAAAGGUCGAGACCGUUCUGCGAGUGGAUUGGGAAUUGGCCAACAAAGUGUUCGCAUCUCGACCGGCAUGGCAGUAUAACAUCCAUAAGAGCCUCGAAAAUAUCUCCAACGAGAAGCCAAAGCCAUCGGUGGUGCUUCGUGCCGAGGAUGUUAUGACGAGUCUGACGGCUUCUAUUGUAUUCGAAAAGCCGGAGGGCAAUGUGGGCGAGCCACUGCAAGCCCAGCUCAUCAUCUCCUCUUGCGCCCAACCCACAUCGGCGCCCAUACGACUGUCAGAAGUGAAACUUGUUUUUGAGGGCUGCCUACGGCCCCUGAAGCUUCAGUCUGCUUCUGAGCUAGAGCCCGAUACUACCUCCCCCUGCUGCAUAUUUUCAUCCUCACUCCGGGAAACAACCCCAGCCGGGGAAGUGCAAUCCCCUACAGCGGGGCUGGCUACCCUGGUUGGCGAUGCGGAUCUCACGAUAGGGCCAUCGCAAACCAAGGUGUAUAAUCUGACUUGCAUCCCUCGCGAAGCAGGAGAGGCUCAAAUCGCUUCGAUUACCAUGCUCAUUGACGAAGAACACUUUGAUCUGGCUUACGUUGUCACCAAUCAUCUCACUCAAAAGGCCUAUUGGUGGCAAGAAACCAAAAAGGGACCCUCUCGGCGACGGGUUGGCAAGGAUCGCGACACGACGAGAUGCAAAAUUAUGCCAAAGCCACCAAAAAUUCGCAUUUCGCUACCAAACCUGAAAGCGACUUACUACACCAAUGAGCGCGUCGUUCUGAAACUUGACCUUCAAAACGAAGAGGACGAGAGUGCCAGCGUCUCCGUCGAGAUUAGACUAUUCGGAAGCCCUGAAUCGUCAGCCAAACUGCAAUGGCUCGAUGGGAGCUCAGGCUCGACAGAGUCUGGAGCUAGCUCCCCGACCGAGGGGUCAUCUCACUUCCUCAGGGAGAGCAUUGGUGUCAUGGAACGUGCAUCUCGCAAAGAGUUUGUCGUUGUGCUCGCCGAUACUCACGAUGCCGCGAAUUAUGUCUUGGAAAUUUCCGCCGAAUACCAUCUCGUGUCUGAUAUUCAAACUCCGAUCAUGAAGACGGUCAAUGCGGAAAUUUCCUUCGUCCGCCCAUUUGAGGCAAAUUAUGAAUUCAAACCAUGUGUCCACCCGGCUCCCUGGCCGGACUUUUUCUCCGUCGACGAUUCACUGAUCUGCGACGAUCCCUCAACUGUACCUGGCGGGCUGGUACAGAGAUGGUGCCUCAAUUCGAAGCUAGUCUCAUUCGCCCAAGAGGCUUUAGUCAUUGAAGAAAUGUCCCUUCGACUCCUCACCCUCACUGGCGGGGCCGUAUCCACCAUUGAAUCGGAGGUUUUGGUUAGUCCAGAAGCACCGCAGAUCAAUUCCGAAGAGCUGCGGGAAUCGAACUUCUUCCUCAACAUGCAGAAAAUCUCUCUCGGCGACCGCCGGCCGGCAGCGCUUAACGUUGCUUUGGAUAUCACCUGGCACCGCCAGUCUGACGAGACUGACGGGUCUUCCGACUCUGAGUCUAACUUCUCCACCACUACCAUUCUAGAAGUGCCUCGCUUUGUUGCAGCCAUGGGCGAGCCACGAGUUCUCGCCUCAGCAUCCGCGUCCACUUCUUUGCCGGGCUUGCUUCACCUGGACUAUACGCUCGAGAACCCAUCAACCCACUUCUUGACUUUCAACUUGAUCAUGGAAGCUAGUGAGCAGUUCGCCUUCAGUGGACCCAAAACAACUGUUGUUCAGUUAGUGCCGUUGUCGCGACACACGGUCCGAUAUACUAUUUUGCCCGCAAAGCGUGGUCUUUGGAUUCAGCCGCAGUUGGUUGUUGUUGACACGUACUUCAACAAGACUUUACGUGUGCUGCCAACGGGCGAAAUGCGUUCUGACAAGAAGGGAAUUUUGGUUUGGAUAGAUGCUGAUGACUAG